UAUCGGAGAAAUACCUUCUUCAAAGUCUCUAUUCUAUGAAUAUCGGUCAGGAACACCGAUUUCGGGGAAAAUAAUUUCCUCCCGAAAUGUUUACAUUCACAUCAUGAUUGUUUAGUUCUAUUUAACAAUAUUUUUUAUUGAGGUACGUGAUCUCCGGCAAACGAUGGCGACAAUUAGGGCGGUCAAUCAUAUUCUCCGGCGAAGGCCCUUUGCUCUACCUGGUGUACUAACAUCAUCGUCAUCGUGUUACUUCGGCACCGGUGGCAUACGUCAAUCAUCAAGUCAAAAAUCGGUAUCGAAGGUCGAUGAGAGUAAUGCGGGUGGGCAGUUGCCCACGACUUUCGCGGAAGUAGUUAAGGAAAAUACCAAGUCCGCUUGGUACGUGAGUGUGAUAAUUGCUGGGGUCGGGGUGACCGCUGUGAUGUUCUAUGCGAUUUUCCGGGAACUGUUCUCGGGGAAGAGCCCCAAUAGUGUGUAUUCAAAGGCCCUGGACAGGAUUAUGAGGGAUCCCAAGGUUCUGGAUGCUCUGGGGGAGCCGAUCAAGGCUUUUGGAGAGGAGAACCGACGGGGGAGACGUCGACACGUCAGUCAUACUGUCUACAUGCACAAUGACAAGCAAUAUAUGAGGAUGCAGUUUUACGUUCAGGGCCUGCGAAAACGGGGAACCGUACAUUUGGAAGUGCGAGAGGACGACUCAGGGAACUUCGUCUACCGUUAUCUAUUCCUCCAGCUAGAAGACAUGCUGCGCAGUGUCAUUAUCGUGGAGGACAAUCGAGCAGCAGAACUGCAGACAAAUAAGAUCGAGGAUGUAGCACCCUUCGCCUUCCCCCUGAAUUAACAAUUAAUCGGUGCCUCAUAGGUUUAUGAUCUUUACAUCUAGUCUGAAUUGUAUAAAAUUCCCAUCAGACAGAACUUAUUACUCUCGAGAAAUAAAUUUUUUCACAUUAAAACCUCGUACGUCCCACGUACGGAACUUUUUCACGCUGAGUUGUCCCUGAUUUUUCGUUAGGACAUAAUGAUUAUAUAUUAUGUAUAAUACAACAUAUUAUUUCAUUUUCUUUAUGUGAGAAUAUUUUAAAAUUAAAUUUAUUAAAUUUCCUUUUAAUAAUUUUAAUUUUAACUCCUAUUGAAUCAUUAUCGGAUGAAAAAAUAAAUCAUUAACUCGAAUAAAAUACUAUAUAAUGUAUAUAA